AAGUGUCGGACAAGAAGCCAGCUCUGUUUCCUGCACGAAGUUUGCUUAUUAGACGACAAGGUGGAUUAUUUAUGUGAAAGUUCUGGACUCCUUGUUGUGUGGUUUUAAAUAAGUAAUACGAGUAAACCGCCAACUACGGAGCUAAAGGUUGGUUGUGAUAUUUCAAGUUAGUGCGUAGCAGGAAGUAAAGGAAGCCCAGCAUCGCUAAUAUCCGAGCCGCUCCUGAACGCACCGCGCUGACAGCGGCACAGAAGCAGAAGAUCCUUCAUUGAAAGUCCACUUCAUCCACACCUGGACAGGUGUCACCUGCACUUGGCGCCAUGUCCGUGCUCGGCGUCUACCUUCUCUUUGCAGCUGCACUGAGGGCCAACUGUGACGGGCACUCUCUGACCUACAUCUACACGGCGGUGUCGGAGGGGGCGGUGCUGGCGGGGGCGCAGGAGUUCACGGCGAUGGGCGUGCUGGACGGUCACGUGAUCGACUACUACGACAGCGUUGCCAUGGUGAAGGUGCCCAAGCAGGCGUGGAUGCAACACAACCUGAGCGCCAACUACUGGCAGCGAGGCAGCGAGGCGAGGCGGAGCAAGCAGCGCUGGUUCAAGGUCAACAUGGACAUCGUCCUGCACCGCCUCAGACACAACAGCUCAGGCCUGCACGUCCUGCAGUGGUUGCACGGUUGUCACGGCGACCUGCGGCCCGACGGCAGCGUGCAGUUCCGGCGCGGCUUGGACCGCUUCAGCUACGACGGCCGCAACUUCCUGUCCUUCGACUACGAGCAGGCGGUGUGGGUGGCGGCCUCCGACGCGGCGCUGGAGACCAAGAGGAAGUGGGACGAGGUGCACCUGCUGAAGGACUACACCCGCGCCUACCUGGACAAGGAGUGCGUCACCUGGAUGACUCACUUCCUCAAGUACCAGCGGGACGACGUGGAGCGAGCGCAGCCGCCCGCCCUCCUCCUGUUCGCCAGGAAGUCGCACCUGGCCGACAACCUGCUGCUCACCUGCUUGGCCACGGGCUUCUACCACAAGGACGCCAUCUUGGAGAUCCGGCGCGACCGCCGCACCCUGACCUGGGAGGACGGGGUGACGUCUUCGGGCGUGCGGCCCAACGAGGACUCCACCUUCCAGAGGCGGGACAGCGUGGAGGUGUUGAGCAGCGACGCGGCCGCCUUCACCUGCACGCUCCGCCAUCCUGCGUCCGGUCUCAGCGUGGACGCGCUUUGGGAUGGCGCCACCGUCCACCGAGGACUCAACGGCUUCGCCAUCGCCGCCGCCGUCGUCUCCGCCGCCAUUUGUAUGUCGGUGAUGCUGCUGGUGUGCUGGCGGCUCUGCAGGAGGACCAAAGGGGAGGAGUCAGCAGGUGUGCUUCGCCAGCUGUUAUCGAGUAAAUCAGCAGCGGCUGACCGGUUCCUGCACAGCCAGACGAAAGGCCCCUCACCUACCCACUCGCGGGACUCGAGCGUGGACUCGGGCGUGGACCCGGGCACUGACGCGUCGCCGCAGGAAGUACAAACCCACCCUCUCUGUCCUGGUGCCGCUGCAGAGGACACGCCCGCCGCUGCAGAGGACACGCCCGCCGCUGCAGAGGACACGCCCGCCGCUGUAGAGGACACGCCCGCCGCUGCCCGCCCGCAGGAACCACCCGCUCUUCCCGCCGAGGCACUCGAGUCAGGAUGGACUCCGAGACGCCACAAGGAGGCGCCAUCAACUGAAGCAGCUGCGGAAAAGAUGGCGAGCCGCAGGAAGUCCAGCACGCCAUGCAUGGUCCCUCCUCCGUCGGCUGAGGACGUGAUGGGUGAGGCGGAGUCGGAGGACGCCGGCUCGGACAUUUACUCGCACACGAGCGAGGGCGGCUACGAGUGCAAGUACUGCAGCUUCCGCACGCCACAACUCAACCUGUUUACCGUGCACGUGGACUCGGAGCAUCCCGACGUGGUCACCAACACCUCCUACGUCUGCGUGGAGUGCGACUUCCACACCAGGAGCUACGACGCGCUACUGGCGCACAACGCUCGCCAUCACCCGGGCGAGGGCAACUUCACACGCACCAUGGCGAGACGCAACAACGAGACGGUCUUCCAGCAGACGGUCAACGACCUCACCUUCGACGGCGGCUUCGUCAAGAUGGAAGACGGCGAGGAGGAGGAGGAGGAGGAGGACGUGCGGCGCCAAGGCAUCGCCCUCAGCAAGACCCCCAUCAUGAGGAGCAGGGCGGAGCCCAAAAAGUUCACCGCCUCGCACAAAAUGGCUGUGGAGGACGCCAUCAAGGUGGAGAGCCAGGACGAGUACGACGACGGGCCGCCCACGCUGUCGCCCGCCCCCGUCACUGCCAGCGGGCCGCGACUCGUCCCCGUGUCCUCGCCGCUUCACAUCCAGACGCUGUCCCCGAGCUACGUGGUGAACAACGCCAACGUGCUGCACGUGAAAGGCGGCGGCGGCGGCACCGUACUUCCUGCCGGGACGCUGGCGCAGGUUCUGUCGGCCUUGCAGAACCAUCAGAACCAGACGCAGCUGCUCAUCCCCGUCAGCAGCAUUCCCGCCUACAACGCCGCCAUGGACAACAAUGUCCUGCUGGUCAGCGCCUACAGCAGGUUCCCUUACCCGUCGAUGUCGGAGGUCGCCGCCCUGUCGUCGCAGACCAAGUUCAGCGAGGAGAACGUGAGGGUGUGGUUCUCCGCCCAGCGCCUCAAACAUGGCGUCAGCUGGACGCCCGAGGAGGUGGACGAGGCACGCAGGAAGAAGGCCAACGGCACCGUGCAGACCGUCCCCCAGACCAUCACCGUCAUCCCCGCCAACAUGGCCGCCGCCGCCGCCAACGGCCUGCAGUCCAUCUUCCAGACCUGCCAGAUCGUGGGCCAGCCGGGCCUGGUCCUCGCCCAGGUGGGCGGAGUCGGUGGCACCGUGGGCUCGCCCGUGGCGUUGACCGUCGCACCCGGCAACCGGCCCAAAGCUUCCGAACCAUCCGCGUCGGAGUCCAAGACGGAGAAGGCGGCCUCUUUGGACUCCGCCUCCAAACCCAAGAAGUCCAAAGAGCAGCUGGCGGAGCUGAAGGCGAGCUACGGCAGGCGGCAGUUUGCCAGCGAGGCGGAGAUCUCUCGCCUCAUGCAGAUCACCAAGCUGUCCAAGCGCGCCAUCAAGAAGUGGUUCAGCGACACGCGCUACAAUCAGAGGAACGCCAAGGAGCAGCACGCCGACGCCAAGGAGCAGCACGCCGACGCCAAGGAGCAGCACGCCGAUGCCAGGGCAGCGGCGCCGGAUGGAGGCGGAAGGAGCGGCGCUAGCGACAGCGCCGCCGGUGAUGAGGUCGGCGCCAUUGUCAUCGACUCUAGCGACGACGCCAGUGACGCCCCGCCGCUGACUGCCCCCUCCCUGGACUCGCCCCGCCCCCCCCGGGAUCGCCGGGCCAGCCUCCGCCACGCCUUCCCGGACUUCACGCCCCAGAAGUUCAAAGAGAAGACCUCGGAGCAGCUCCUGGGCCUGGAGUCCAGCUUCCGCCAGUGCGACACGCCAUCGGACGAGGAGCUGAUGCGUCUGCGGGCGCAGACCAAGCUGACGCGGCGGGAGGUGGACGCCUGGUUCAUCGAGAGACGCAAGACUCGGGACGCGCCGCCGUCGCCGCACAGCCCAGAUGGCGGCGACGCGGCUGAGCCCGCCGCCCGAGAUCGCCACACCACGGCGGGCCGCAAGGUGCUGAAGAAAACGCCGCAGCAGCUGGACAUGCUGAAGAAGGCCUUCGUUCGGUCGCAGUGGCCCAGCGCCCAGGACUACGACAAGAUGGCGGAGGACAGCGGUCUGCCGCGCUCCUACGUGGUCAACUGGUUUGGUGACACGCGCUACGCCUGUAAGAACUCCAACCUCAAGUGGUUCUACCUCUACCGCAGCGGCAAGGUAGAGGAGGGAGUCAACAAUGGCAGCAAAGUCCACAAGAAGUCCAGGAAGCGACACCGUAAUUGGUCCACUAGAACACGGAGACCCUAUCCUUGCAAGUCUUCUCCACAGGGGGGCGCUGCUCCCAGCAAGCAGGCCAUGAGCGGCCAGGCGUUGCUGAAGGAGCACUACCUCCAUCACGGGGUGGUGAGGGAUGAGGAGGUGCAGGCGUUGGCGGCGCAGGCGGACAUGAGCGAGCAGGAAGUGAGGGUGUGGUUCAGUGGGCGAGCGCAGGAAGACGGGGAGAUGUUGAGCGAGGAGGAAGCACUUGAAGGUGAGCUGAAAGAAGAAGCUUCUGACGACAUGGAGGAGCAAGUGUCUCCUGGUGCAAAGUCACAGCCGACGUAAGCAUGGUGGUGGUGGUGGUGGUGGUGGUGUUGUUGUGACACCACCAUGCUGCACCUCCAAAUGUUGUUGUGACACCACCAUGCUGCACCUCCAAAUGGACACUUUUAUUGUGGCGGCUUUCAUACCUUUUUUCUUUCUUUCACUUUGUAUGACAAAGAUUGCAAAUAUUUCUCAGAGUGACGCCUCUUGUAUUCAACAUUUCUUCCAAGCUGACCUUGGAGGACUUUUAUUGUGAAAGGCACUAGGAAGUCCAAUCAGUGGCAUCAAGCGUGUUUAUGCUGAAUAAACAUGAA